UGGCUAGACCAGCUUCGAGUUUCACUGGAGAGGGAAAAGAAACAAGUCCAGAACUUAAACCUGCUCUGAGCCAUGAGGUCUUUUUCCCUCCUCCUACUCUCCUUCCUCUUGGGUGUGUGUGAAGUGAAAGGGGGUUCAGAUUUUAGAAUCUGUGCCUUUAACCUCCAUCAUUUUGGGGAAUCCAAGACCAAGAAGAACAAUGUCAUGCACAUUCUUGCCAGGAUCAUCACUCGUUGUGACGUGUGUUUGCUUCAGGAAGUGAGAGACGCUAAAGAAAAAGCAAUACCGCAGCUGGUCGACCGCCUUAACAGGUAUGACACUCAACAUGUGUAUGACACCGUGUCCAGUGAGAGACUGGGCAGGUCCUCUUCCUACCAGGAGCAGUACGUGUUUGUCUACAGGACGAAUACAGUGUCAGUCACCGGACAGUAUCAGUACCCAGAUAACAAACCAGGAGAUGUUGACGCUUUUGCCAGAGAGCCUUUUGUCGUCCGUUUCAAAGCUCCAAAGACAGCUAUAAAGGAGUUUGUCCUCAUACCUCAGCACACCACUCCAGAUAACACCACCAAAGAGCUCGACGCACUGUAUGACGUUUUGCAACACGUGAAGAGGAUGUGGAGAACUGAGAAUGUGAUGCUUCUUGGGGACUUCAACGCUGACUGCGGCUACCUCGCCAAGAAGAACAGGAAGAACGUGCGGCUGAUUACAGAGAAGAACCUCUACUGGCUCAUUCCAGAGAAGACGGACACCACUGUACGAUCGUCCACCUCCUGCACCUACGACAGGAUCGUUGUGAACGGUGAACAAUUUGCCAGAGCAGUUGUGCCUUCAUCAGCCAGCCCGUUCAACUUCCAAACAGCGUACCGACUCACAGAGGACCAGGCGCUGGAGGUCAGUGAUCAUUACUCAGUGGAGGUGCUGCUGAAGGACUUCGCAAAUAAAGUCUCUUUUACAGCGCUCCUUUCUUUGUUUGUCCUCGGCCAACUUGUCUUCCAAAUGUCAACAUGGUAGCUUAAUACUGGAACUACGAGGAUAUUCUUGCAGAGGCUUACUUCACAAACUGAUGAGAAUUUAGUUUCCCAACAUGUGAGUCAACCAUGCCAAAUACCACUAAUAACACUCCACACAUACGGUUCUGGAUGUUGGGCUCAAAUCACACGACUGGAGACAUUUACCAUUAUCAGGUUUGUCAUUUUGUACAAGAAUGUCUUCAUGCAUAUUUGAAUGGCUGUCCUCAGUAUGUUUCAAUUUAAAAUCUGGCGCUGCACAGAAAACAGAAUUGAUGCUGGGGCAUUAUGAUAUAUCAAUAUUAUAUCAAUAUUGUCGAAUCAGACUGGAUUUUGUAAUCGUGUAAGUUUAACUCUUGGUUUUAAAUUGGGAUGCACAAUAUUAGAUUUUUUGCCGAUACUCAAAAUGCAUAUAAAAACCCAUUUGGCUGAUAACCAAUCCCAACACUGAUACAUCAACAUUUUUCUUAACCUAAUUUUAGUGAUCAUUAAAUCUCCCCUGUAGUAGAAUUAACAUUAUAGUUGCAUACUCAUUUUAUGAUGGCCCACCAGCAGAUGGAGACAUGAAAUUCAAUGCUUUUUAAUGAUGAUUAAAUGAUUUUAAAGCCAGUAUUUGCAGAUACCGAUGAUGUGCCAGUAUUAUUAUUAUUACCUACUUUAAAUGCUGUGUUACUGUGAGGUAAUGCAAUUUUCUUAACCUACAAGACUGUUCUAACUGCUCUAUUAUUUGUCUUCACCCACUCAGUCAUUGUAUCCACAUUAUUGAUGAUUAUUUAUCAAAUAUGUAAUUGGAUAAACAACACUAAAAUAUUAUUGCAGAAUUAUUAUUGAGGUAUUUAGGAAAAAUAUUAUAAUAUUUAAUUUUCUACAUGUCCCCAAGCCCUAGAAGUAAAAUUAUUGAUGAAUAAUUUUUUUUAAUUAGUAAUAGCUUAAUGAAGUCAAUUUGUUCCCCCAGUGUAAAGUUUUACCAAUUUAUCCUCUAUAAUGUAUUUUAUAUAAUUUAUUGAUGAUUUGUGCAUGUUCACUUUGUCAGUAAAUUAAAAAAAUAUAUAUCGGUUCAUGAUAUUUGUAGUAAUGAGCAUGUUAGCCUAUUCUGAUGUUUGAUUUUAAAGCCAAUAUCUGUUGAUGCAAUGACAUGCCAAUAUAAUUGUGCAUCUCUAGUUUUAAAGGCUACAUGACAGCAGGGUAAUGUAACUUUCUUAACUUAUAACACUGUUGUAGAUUUUCUAUUAUUUAUCUUCACCGCACUCAGUUAUUAUAUCCACAAAAAUCCCCCAAACCACAGAUGUGAAAAAAUUAUUUUCAUCAUUCAUCAUCUUCAUCAUUUAUACAUACUUUGUACAUAGAACAUGCUGAACGUUGGGGAUUUUGUUUUGUGCUCAGUGGUUUGUUUGGUGUUUUGUAAUGAACAAUUUUGCACCUUUAUCACUGCAAAACUUUCAGCUUUGCUGGCUGAGUGAAAUUACUACUUAUAUAUGUAUAUAUUGCAUUUGGUGUAAUGACUGAAAUGUUUCUGCAGGUUUGAAUCAAUGAUUGAAUUUAAUAUUUAUUGUAAAAUUUUGAUCUUGAGUUUGUGUCAGUUGCAUUUGUUGUAUUCAUGUUUGUGUCUACCUGCCCAGGAACUGCAGAUGGAAAUGAGCUCAGAGCUAAAUUUAGUAGCCUACAAUACAUCUCUCCUUCCCAUAAGACUGUUUUUGUAUAUGGUCUUGAGAAAUUAAUGCCUGUGGUGGCGUUAUCAGGAGUAAUAAAAUAACAGCUCACGGAGUUGUGAUUUUGAAACAAA